AUGGUUUACGAAUCCACAGCUUGGUAUUCCUACACGCAAUUUUGUGAUAUUUUCCACCGUUUUUCUGAUAAGAAUGAAUAUUUAUCUAUCUUGUUUAAUAUAGAACUAUGGAUGUUGCGCGGGCAAGUCCCCGCAGCAAUACAGGGCACAUAUUCGCUACUAAACGCUAUAAUAUGCGAUAAUGAUGAAUCGUUAUCUUCACAUACAAAAUCUUGCAUAUAUUCUAUGUCUAUAAUCAGGGCUGUAAACCUGUUAUUAGACCAGGAACAGAAUUCCCUAUAUGCAAAAAGUAUGCUUCUAAUGGCAAAAAGGGCUAAUUUACCUGAAAGUGUUAUUAAAUGUCGACACAAAUCUUCUCACAGCGAGAUUCCAGAUAUAGACACUCUGCGAAUUGUUGCCAAGGAAGCUAUAAACUAUCUUUACAAAAAAUACUGGAUAUGCCAAUUUGACAUGAUUGCCUCUAAAACGAAUGAUAAGAGUUCUGAUACACAUUGGCUAUUUGCAAUAUACACUCUCUGCUAUCUCACCAUAUCUAGCAAAACCGGGGGUUUAAACAGAAACAUCAACGGUGAAUGCAAUUAUACUCCUAACAAAUACGUACCAUGGAAGAUAAAAUCUAAUGUCGAAGAUAUGAGAAUCGAAACUAUUCUCACUGACUGUAUGAAGAUUCUCAGUAUAUACGCCAGAAGAAGAUAUUUAUCUAUAAGCAGGAAGCUUGAACCGGCUAAAAAAAUGGUACAUGGCUACGACAAGGCAUUUAUUGAACUGAUAUAUUUAAUAUCCAGAAAGGUGUUAAAUGGAUGUAUCUACGAAGAUUUUUUCAUUUCCAUAUUUGUAGAAUUCAUAUUCGCAAACUACAGACCUUCUAGAUCGCACUUGUUUUUUCUUGUUCUUUUCCACACAGUAUCAAGACUCUCCUUUAACUUUACCAUAAAGUUGGUAAUGCGGAUGUUAGGUGUAAUUUGUGAAACAUCUCGUUCUCGAGCAUUCCAAGACGCGAACACAUCGGAACGCGUAGAGUCGUAUUUUCGGGUACUAGAAGAUUACAAAUUUAAAAAUAGUUUUAAUGAUGAAAGACAUAUAAAUACAAGAAAUGUGAAACGAAGAGUUUUUGAGUGGCUAAUGGUAUUGGCAGAAUACGGAAAAUCCAUUACAACCGGACGAUCAUUUCCCUAUCAUUCAAUUUACACAAAAAUUUGUAGAUUUUUAAGUAAAAAGGAAUAUAAAAAAAUGAUAGCAUAUGAAUUCACUGGUCUAACAAAAAUUCUGAGGUCAAUACAGCUGCUGAUUCCCUAUGCCUCAUCCAAAGUGAACAAAAUCCCAGGUGAAUUAGCUACUUGGGAAAAGGACAAAAUAUCGCAUAUUAUGAAUGUAGUACGUCCCUCUGGGAACACAAAAUAUAGGUCCGCACCAACGAUGACCAUUCAUACCACAAGGGAAGAAAUUAUGCUAGAGAUAGAAGGUAAAACUGAGGAAAUUGAUAAUGAAAUCAACAAAAUACUGGCUCCUGGGAUAUUAUGGAAGGGUGGUGAAUGGAAAACUACACAGACCUAUCCACUAUACGGACCAAACGAAGUGGACAUGCACGACAGAAUCACGUCUACUGUCAAACUCAUAAGAGAAGAGAACCUAAAAUCAAAAGGAUACAAUAAGAACGCAUGGGAAAUGCCACUUAGAACACACCGUGUGGACAGAAACUCAGAAUCUGCUAAAGAUGAAAGACAUAGAAUUGCGUCAGAACUCAACUCCAUAAUCUCACAUAUAACCAACCCAGAUAGGUAG